AUGGCCCGUGCAGCUCGCUGGCCCCAUGCACUCUGGGUAGCGCAGCAGAUGCAGGAGGACGGUAUAUCACCAAACUCCAUCACCACAACGCUCCUCCUCGUUGCGUGUCGCCCACAACGUUGGUGCUCCGCACUGCUUUUGCUCACAUCAGCGAUGUCACUCGCAGCGUGGAAUGUAAUUCUAGGGCUGGCCCCCACUCCGCGCUUGGCCUUCGAGUGGCUGAUCCAGAUGACAGAGUCUACGGUAAGGCCCGAUCCCGUCAGCUUCGGUGCCGUGGUCGCCGGCGCGAGCGUCGGGAGCUUCUGGCAGGAAGCCGUCAGUGCCAUGGAUUUGGGGCGGAGCAGCCUGGGAGAGAGGUCGCAAUCUGUCGCAAUCGUGAUCUGCGAGGCCACUGCCGGGAGCCCGCUGCGCCGCUCUCAGUGCCUGCGCCCGCUGCGCACGCUGGCGCACUGCACGGGAGGCAAGAUCGAUGUGCAGGGAGUGAAGGCUCAUGGGAAGAUCACUUGUAGAAUCGAGGCCACGCGAGGUCCUCGCAUCCACGAUCUCACCAGGCUCAAUGCUGCAACGGGAGCCGUGGAGCUCUGGGCUGAUGCUCUGGCGAUACUUUUCAGUCAGCGAGGUCGUUCGGUGCGCCCGGACUCCUACGGUCGCAAUGCUGCAUCUACCGCGUCUGCUCGUGCUGGGCACUGGCGGCAGGCGUAUGCUCUGACCUUCCGGUUUGGCGACCUUGAUGCCGUUGGCAUCCCGGAUGUGAAGCAGCUGCGAAUAGAGACAUGUAUCAGCACCAUCUUCAACGGGCUUGCCAUUGCAACCACUGCAGCUCCAGUUCCAGAGGCUUGGGCUCGAGCAUGGAGCCUUCUAGCAGUGAUGGGAAGUCAAGGCAUCCUCCUGGACACGCUUGCUUUGAACGCCGGCGUCACCCUGCCGCGCUGGCGGCGGGCUGCCGCGCUCUUGGCCGCCUUCCCGGCUUAUCAGCUACGGCCAAACUCCAGCACGCUUGCGACGGUGCUCUCCAGCCUUGCAGACAGAGCGCUCUGGGAAGUGGCGCUGGGACUGCUGGCUGCACCGAGUGCAAGCGAGACGGCGCCAAUCAAUGCAGGCAUCGCCGCCUGUGAUCGCGGAGGUGCCUGGCAGAAAGCUCUCGGCCUCCUCACGAAGCGGGGUCUCCGCCGCGACGAGUUUGGCUUCGGCGCGGCGCAGAGUGCGGUUGGGAAGUCCGGUGACUGGGCUGGUGCCCUCUCCCUCUUGAGUGAAGGCCGUUUGUUUUCCUUGAGAGUGACGGAAGUGUCGCUGGCAGCUGCCCUGGCUUCGAGCCAAAAAGUCUGGAAGGCCGCGGUGUCCUUGCAGGGCUGGGCGGUGAGACGAACGCUGGAGGUUGCGGAGCUUGCGCGGCUGGCACUGCUCGCUUCCACUGGUGCGGCAGGGAUCUGGACCCGAUCGUUGCUGCUGUGGCCAGCCUCGCUAGGAGAUGCGAAGGAUACGGCGCUUCGCAGCACCAAUGCCGCCGUCUCGUCCUGUGCCGUUGCCUCGGCCUGGCGGUGGGCUGUUCGGCUGGUCAGCGAAGUCAGGAAUUGGGAGCUGUCGCAGACGGCCAUCACGCAGCAGGCGGCGCUGGCCGCUUUCGAGGCUUCCGGGCAGGGGCGGCGCGCGGCCGCCGUUCUGGAGGAGCUCAACGAAGCUCCAGCUGCCCUGAGAUGUGCGGAGCACAUCACAAAGGGCCUCUCUGAGGGCUCGAGGGAGUCAGCGAAGACGUGGUAA